CAUUGCAAAUAAUCAAGCUCAAGCUUGCAUGAAACCAUGUCCAUAUCCUACCACCAUUAAUAAACACCAUCUUUUUCCAAACUAAAUCCAAUUUAGAAUGUUUGUUUGCAAAGAAGAAGAGGUUAUCCAUUAGAAAACAAGGUGUCUUUCAAGUUCCACAUUGCACAACAUCAUCAUCAUCAUCUGGUUCAAAGAAGAAUGAUCAAGAUGAUAAUAAUUUUAAUCUUGAUUCAUGGCUAACUCUUUUCAAUGGGAAUGACAAGGAGACUCCAUCAAAAUCAAAGGAUGGUAAUAAACCUCCAUGGACAAAUAUUUUGCUCCCUCUUUUACUCUUUAAUGAUCCCAAGGAGAUAUUGUUGUGGAAUAUGGUUUCUAAUGCCAAGGAAUACAUUGGAAAGCAUGUAGAAAUUAAAUUCAAGUCUAUAGGACAUGAUGGAAUGACUGUUAUCUGGCAUAUUGGGGCAUGGAAAGGCAUGGGUAUUCAUAUAUCUUAUGAAUUUCACAGAGCUAUGUUUCUAAGGAUUGCAAGGAUUGUUUUUCAACCUUUGGCCGGUCUCAAAUUGAAAAUAGAGGAAAUAAUUGUCCUUUUGCUAGAGAAGAUUGCACCAAGUGUUCUGCACAAUGGCAUGGCAAAGGCUGCCAUCUUUAAUCUCUUCUUGAGUCUUUUAUUCAUGGCCAUAUCCCUCAUUUUGUGGAUGAACACAAGUGUGUGAGAUAUCAUUAACUUUCAUAUGUAAAUUAAUUAAUUAAUAUCCUUCAAUAUAUAACAACAAAGUAUAUAUCUAUAAUUUUGAGAGAGAGAGAGAGAGAGAGAGAGAGAGAGAUAGGUAUAUAUUCUCUAGUAGUUGAAAAUAACAUGCAUGUUUGUAUGAAUAACAUCUUGAAGGCUUUGCAAACAAUGUAAACAAAGGAACAAGCAAGCAAAA